CCGCAGCCCAAGCAUCCACAGACGGCACAACGAACACAACAAACAGGACCCGGCCUCUAUGGCGCCCCAGCUGCAUCGCCGCUGCCAUGUCCACCCGCAACCCGAACACGAAAUCCUCAUCGACGACUGACCGACGCUCCGCUAAUUACACGUCCUCGUCGCGACCCCGCGCUCCGUCGGGCGCCAUGGGCGGGGAGAAUGAACGACGCGGCUCCACGACGUCGCAUUCGCGAAAACAGUCUGCCAACGCCGGGACAGGCGAAAGACGCAUCGAGAGGCGGGAAGUGCGAGAGAGAGAGGUGGAGGUGCGGCGGACACGGAGCCCGUUGAAGCAUUCUUCUGAGAGUCGAGUCAAUGCCAGGACGAAGACGGAGAAACAGCCAAGACAAGAGAGGGCGAUGGCGUCGGCGACGGCGAGCACGGCUGGCUCUAGGAGAACAGUGGAAGAGCCUCAGGCGCCCUGGGAGCCGCAGGCUGUGCUCGUCCCACACACGACUGCUCCGCUCGCGACGCGCAUAUCGAUCCCACCGCUCGCUUCGACCGCCCCCGCUACGCUUCAACCCACGCCCCUCGCCCAGUUGUCGCUAGAGCAGCAAGAGAAUGCCAUAAUCGAAGAUCUGCUGUUCGUAUUUAUGGGGUUUGAGGGCCAGUACAUUCGCUUCAGCGAUUCAUAUAACCCUCAUGAAGAGAAGGAAAGACUCGUUGGGCCGCAGUUCCGCAUCCUACCGGGCCUGGAUCCGAGUUUGCGGGACCUGACGAAGUCGAUGUUGAAAAUGGCGACGCACUACAUCGCGGUGGAGACAUGUGUUGAGGUGUUGAGCAGAGAGGAGUAUGGCGCUGUCAACCAUUCGCUGUGCGCGGCAGUGCGGAGACUGCUGAAGGAUUACCUGACGCUGAUGGCGCAGCUGGAGCACCAGAUGCUGACGAACGACUCGUUUACGCUGCAUGUCCUGAACUUGCACACAAAGCAGACGAGCCACAUGCUGUUCCAGCUUUACACAACCGGGAUUGAGCUGUUGAAGGCGAACGGGAUCCUGGAAGACGAGGAAUCGGAAGAGUCUGAAAAUGAGACGGAUGAUCUUGAGGGGAUCCUCGAGUCGCUAAGAGAAGGCGGCAAUGUCCAGCUAACCAGCAAGAAGAUAUGCAAAGGCGGGAGCGUACUGGGCCUCAUCACAAGAAGACUGUCUUCAAUGUCAGGCGAUCCGGCUGCACGGGAGCUGCUCACGACAUUACUCCGCGAAGCCAGCAAACCGUAUAUGGCAAUGCUGAACGAGUGGUUACAUCACGGUGGAAUCAAGGAUCCGCAUGCCGAGUUCCUGAUUAAGGAGCAAAAGAGCAUCAAGCGGGAGAGGCUAGACCAGGACUACACAGACGAGUACUGGGAAAAGCGAUACACAAUACGAGACGCGCUUGUGCCACCGCAGCUUGAGGGAGUAAAGGACAAGGUACUGCUCGCAGGUAAAUAUCUCAACGUCGUUCGCGAAUGCGGUGGCGUAGAUAUCAGCCAGACGGUUCAGGACGUUCCGACGAGCUUCGAUGACCCGCGGUUCCUAGAUAAUGUCAACUCCGCAUAUGCUUACGCCAACUCCUCGCUUUUCAACCUCCUCCUUACUACACAUCAACUACCCGCGCGAUUACGCUCUCUCAAACACUACUUCUUCCUCGAUCGCUCCGACUUCUUCUCCUACUUCCUCGAACUGGGCGCAUCAGAGCUUAAAAAGCCGGCGAAGACGGUCAACAUCGGAAAGCUGCAGUCGCUUCUCGAUAUCGUCGUCCGACAGCCUGGCUCCGUCGCAGCGGAAGACCCAUACAAAGAGGACGUUAAGGUGGAGAUCAAUGAAGUUGGCCUCACAAACUGGCUCAUGAAGAUCGUCACGGUCACCGGCCUCGACCAAGACGCAGCGAACGCAGGCUCGAUAUCCAACUACGUUACUCCCGCAAACACCGUCUCCGUAGCGGACGACAGCAACAUCACCGGCUUCCAAGCCCUCGUCUUCGACUACGCUAUGCCCUUCCCUCUCUCGCUAGUCGUUAGCCGUGUAACAAUCACACGCUACCAACUCCUCUUUCGCUACCUCCUCUCGCUCCGUCAUCUCGAAAACAGCCUCGUCGACUGCUGGGUUGAACAAGGCAAGCACGGCGCGUGGAAACACCGCUCUAAGAACCCGCGCAUCGAGCUGUGGAAACGCAGAGCGUGGACUCUGCGCGCGCGCAUGCUUGUUUUUGUGCAGCAGUUGUUGUAUUAUUGCACUGCGGAGGUUAUCGAGCCGAACUGGGUGAGCCUUAUGUCGAGGUUGAAUGAAGAGGGUAAGGAAGAAGGAAAGGGCAAGGGGAAGGCAAGCGGAGAAGGAGGUACGCCGCAGGUUAAGAGAACGGUGGAUGAGCUUAUGCAGGAUCAUGUGGACUUUUUGGCGACUUGCUUGAAGGAGUGCAUGCUUACUAACAGUAAGCUGCUACGGCAGAUCAACAACAAGAUAAUGUCCACGUGCACCAUGUUCGCCACCUUUACACAGUCCCUCUCCCGCUACCUCAUAACCGGCGACCCCGACCUCGUCGCACAAGCGAACGCCCAAACGCAAUCCGCCUCCUCAUCCACCCAUCCUGCCUCGCUCACCUCCCAACGCACCUCCAAAUCCGGCAGUUACGUAUACGACCCCCAGCGCGUGGAUAAAAUGUUCGAUAUGUUAGGGAAGUACGAGGAUAACUUCGCUCGGCACCUGAAGAUAUUGUUGGACACGCUGAAUUAUUUGGCCGCGACAGAGACGGUGGUUUUCUUGAGUCUUUGUGCGAGGUUACAGAGCGCGGGAGAGGGGGGUUUAGUUAGUGCGACGGUGGAUGCUUUUGGGGUUUAG